CUCUCCAUGUAACCAGUGAUUUAGUUAGUCUUGUUUCUCGAAGUAGUGUGAAUUGUGCUGCGUUCAUUAAUGGCUAGAAUUUGUUGAUUACUUUGUAUAAACCAUGAAAUAGUGCUCAUAAUUGAGAUUCUUCAGAAUUGUGUACACAAAAUAACGAACUGUGGGAGAUUUCUAGAAGCUUGCAGGCUGCCCAAUUAGAGGAUGUCUACUCACUCUGCAGUGGACAGCCCCAGUCAGUGCCCCUAUAUUGGUUUGCUGAUUAUCACAGUACAGAGGUAAUUUCCCCCUAAAUUAUGGAGGAUAGGAAACAACCUGUCCCUCAAGAAAUUGCUCUUGCAUCAGAUGUGUUUGAUCAGUUCUGCAGUUCCUCUACACUGAAAGGCAUCUUAGGUCAUCACAGACAGCUGUGUGAACUUCUACGCAUCAAGCCUACAGUCUUCCCUCAUUUCUACCCGAAACUGAAGGCAAAACUCCGCUCUUGGAAAGCACAAGCUCUUUGGGCAAAAUUUGACAAGCGAGCUAGUCACAAAUGUUACAACAGAGGUAAAGCUUGUCCAAAUACUCGAGUUCUUAUUAUUGGAGCUGGACCAUGUGGCCUUCGUACUGCUAUAGAGGCACAGUUGUUGGGAGCAAAGGUUGUGAUAGUGGAAAAGCGUGAUCGUAUCUCCCGGAACAAUGUACUUCAUCUAUGGCCCUUUGUAAUUCAAGAUCUUAGAGCUCUUGGUGCUAAGAAAUUCUUUGGAAAAUUCUGUGCUGGUGCUAUUGAUCAUAUCAGUAUUAGACAACUUCAGUGCAUUCUUCUGAAAGUAGCCCUUAUCUUGGGAGUCGAAAUCCAUGAAGGAGUCAGUUUUGAACAUUUGCUUCCUCCACCUGAUGCACAGUCAGAUGAAAAGAUUGGAUGGAGAGCAAAAGUGAGUCCUUCAGACCAUCCAGUGAGCCAGUAUGAAUUUGAUGUCCUCAUUGGUGCAGAUGGAAAAAGGAACACAUUAGAUGGAUUCAAAAGAAAAGAAUUUAGAGGGAAGCUUGCCAUUGCCAUCACAGCAAAUUUCAUUAAUCGUCGGACAGAAGCAGAAGCCCGUGUUGAAGAAAUCAGUGGCGUUGCUUUCAUUUUCAACCAGAAAUUCUUCAAAGAUUUAUAUGAAGCAACUGGAAUUGAUUUGGAAAACAUAGUAUAUUAUAAAGAUGAAACACAUUAUUUUGUCAUGACAGCCAAGAAACAUAGCCUUAUUGAUAAAGGAGUGAUUUUACAAGACUAUCCAGAUACAGCAAAACUCCUUGCACCAGAAAAUGUUGACAAAGAUGCCCUACAAACGUAUGCCCAGGAAGCAGCUGAUUUCUCAACUGAGUAUAUGCUCCCUCACUUAGAGUUUGCAGUGAACCAUUAUGGACAGCCAGAUGUAGCCAUGUUUGAUUUCACAUCGAUGUUUGCUGCAGAAAAUGCUAGUCGUGUUGUGGAAAGACAUGGGCAUAGAUUGUUACAAAUUUUAGUAGGAGACAGUCUUUUGGAGCCUUUCUGGCCUACAGGAUCUGGUUGUGCUCGAGGUUUCUUGAGUUCAAUGGAUGCCUGUUGGGCAGUGAAAAGCUGGGGUUGUGGUCAAACAACACCACUUGAUGUUCUGGCUGAAAGAGAAUCUAUAUACCGACUCCUGGGUCAAACAACACCUGAAAACCUUCAGAGAGACACAGCUUCAUACACAUUAGAUCCUCACACAAGAUACCCAAAUCUAAAUAUAAGAUGUGUUUUACCAAUCCAGGUGCGAGGACUAUAUGAUUCAGAUGACCCAGCAAGUGUGGAACAAUGCUUGGUCUCUAUUGCAGCUCAGGAGAUGCCGAAGAAAAGGCGGAGAAAGGGUAAGAGCUAUUUAGUAGUAAUUACUGCUAUUUUGAUACCAAAAACUUUCAUGUUGGAACUUAUUUUCAGCCUUAGACUGAUUAUUUUGAUCAAUGUGACACCACUUGCAAGCUGUUUUACUGCCAACAAGAAGAAUAUUAAGGAUUCACAAGUUCAUCCAGAUACGUUACUUCAUUGGUUGAAGAAACAAGUUGCUUUGUAUGACAAUGUGCAUGUUGAAAAUAUGACUCAUUCUUUCAAGAAUGGGCUCGUCCUUUGUGCAAUAAUACAUCGCUACCGACCAGAUCUCCUGGAUUUUCAUGCCCUGUCAGCAGAGGACAUAGCUGCAAAUAAUCAGUUAGCAUUUGACUCUUUGGAACGGGAACUAGGUAUUCCUCCAGUAAUGACAGGGCAAGAAAUGGAACAGUGUGAUGUACCAGAUAAACUUACAAUGCUUUCCUAUCUUUCACAAAUCUAUGACACUUUCCGUGGGGAAAUACCACACAUUAAACAUCCAAAAUUGGAAGAGUCAGAAGUGAAAGAGGACCAGUCUCCAUCUACCAGGAUUGCUCAGUUACGCAAUCUGACUCCAGCACACAAAGUCUCACUCGUAGGUCGCAUUGUGUCGCAGCAACAUCACCACCACCAUGCACGUCCUGUACAGAUUCGCAAGCCAGUAGGUGUAAUCAGUUCUCCAACAAUUAAUACAGGGGAGAAAAAAGUUGAUUCCCUUCGCCGGCAACGUAAAAGAAGAAGCAAUGAUAAGGACAGAAUAGGAAGCAUGGACAGAAUAGGAAACACAGAGAGACCUAGAAAUGUCACGGAAGAACAGUGGCAACGCUGGCAAGAGAUCAGGCAGAACCGAUCAGAGAGGCAGAUGUGUAGGAAAUACAUGCUUGAGCUUGCAAAAAAGCACUUACAUAAAAGUAUGCAGAUGCUCGAGACAAAUGCUAAAUGUGAAGACUCUACACCUUUUGAGGACUAUUCUUUAUUUGUAUAUCGUCAAACAGCCCCUGCAUUUCAAGAUCGUGUCAGAGAUUUGGAACUGAAACUGUUUUAUCCUGAUCAAGAAACAAGAGUAUUACUAGAAGCUCGCAAGGGUGCUGUGGAUAAAGACUUAUCAGGUCGUAUCAGAACUCUGGAGGAGAAAUUGAAGGGUACAGCUGUUGACAAGAAGCCAAAAGACCUGCGACGUGCAAUAGGAAAAAUAGAAAAGACAGAUUGGAAUGUAAGAGAAAUAGAGAAGAAGAUUCUUGAAAAUAAGAUGGGACAUAGUGUAAAGCAUGAAAGACCAGAGAAAGUACCCAAGUGGAGUCGUGAGCAGUUUGAUGACAAGUUUCAAGCAGUAAAAUCAAAACUUCAAAGGAAAGGCCAUGACAAGGAGACUCCAAAUAAAUAUGCUGAUAUUGAUGCAAGUUUCAAACAGUUGGACAGAAAGCUUAAGGAAGGAAGUGUUGUGCAAAUGGGACCACGUGGCAAUAACAAGGUUUCAGCCAUUGCAGAACAGCUUUCUGGGCGGAACCAGGAACCAGAGAAGCCCAACAUACAGAGAUCGAAUUCAAAACCUGCACUCUUCCUGCCCACUCAAGGUGGCUCUGAGUCUUGUCACUUCUGUGGGAAAAGAGUUUACCUCAUGGAGCGGCUGAGUGCAGAGGGUAGGUUUUUCCAUCGGGGCUGUUUCCGUUGUGAAUAUUGCAGCACCACCUUGAGACUGGGUAAUUAUGCAUUUGACCGAGAAGGUAAAUUUGGAAGUAGAUUUUUCUGCAUGCAGCAUUUUGGUCUUCCGGGGAUGCAAAGAAUGAAGUUGAGGAGGAAGAGUGAAGAAUUUAGAUCUGGCCUUGAUAAAGAAAACAUCCCUGCCGAAGCAUCACCAAUAACACCAGAGAAGGCAAAAUCCUUAUCAGAGACUGUGGACAGAAUGACACUGACAGGACUGGAUAUAUUGGAUGCAAAGACAACACCAGAGCGAAUAGAGUUUGAGAAUCUGACAGCAGCUUCUUCAGAUAUAGAGGAGGCUCCAAGUGAAAUGGAUGAAGAUGAAUGGACUGAUCGUAAUUUUGGGGCAUCUACUGUUGAAGGGUCCAGUGAUUCCCUUUCAGAUCUAAGUGAUUCUGAAGAAGAAGCAAAUGAAGUUUUUGAAGAGGCGAUUGAGCAGCCAUUGACUUUAGAUGAAACCCGCCGCCUGGCUGAAACAUGGACACUGCGGUAUUCAAAGACUCCUGAAGACAAACAGAAUGGUGAUGGUAAAGGAGAAAGACAGGAAGGGGAAGAAGAAGAAGAAGAAGAAGAAGAAGAUAGUGAAAGUUAUGAAUAUGAAGAGAGUGAUGAAGAUCUCAGCUAUCCAGAGUGUGAAAGUGAAGAUGAUGAAAGUGAGACAGCGACUGAAGGUGAGGAUGAGAUUCGAGCACGUGAACUGCGGAAACAGGAAGUACAUCUGGAAGUGCCGGAGAGACCAAAAGGAAAACAAGACUCGGACACUGGUUCUGACACUGAGGUUGCUUCUGAUGAUUAUACAUCAACUGAAUCUGAAAGUGAGGAGGAGGAAGAAGAAAACUCUGCAACAGAAAUUGAGACAGAUUCUGAGUUUGAACAUGAUGGGACAACUCCAGCACAUCAUGAUGUUCCUUCCAUCUUGAUAGAUGACAGCAACAUCACUUACAGACGCCAUCGACGUGUGGCUGAAGAAGCCAAGAAGGUGCAGGUCCGUACUGGACACAUUUUACGCCCCAUAAAUGGCACUGUUCUUAAAGCUCCAGUUAUUCAGAAGCAGGUACAUGGUGGAGUGAAGCUUGAAUUCUCUCCUCUCCAGCCAGAUGCUGAGUCUGGCAAAUCUGCAAGUCUGUCCAAUCUGAAUGCAGGAAAUAAUAUUGAUAAUAACAACACAAUCAGAACACUGCCUGUAGUAAAACCCACUCCUCUCAUUAAUCCUCGUCGAGGCGACUAUUUUCUUAAUAGAACCCACUCUACAGAAGGUAUUGCUUCAAAGAUGUCACUUGAACUUAAAAAAAAAUACCUUCUAGGAGCUUCAGGACUUGCUGGCUCUGUAAAAAAGUCAGGUUCAGCCUCCACUUUGGACUCAAAAUUUAAGAGCUUUGUAGAUAUGAUCUCAGAGCACCAGAAGCUUUUAAACCCUGCACCAGAACCAAGUCCCACAAUGCAGGCAUUUCUUCAAGGAACAUCCAGAUUGCAUGCCUCCCCUGCUGGUUAUCCUCUGUCACCACCAUCUCCCACAGUUCUCAGUCCUCCAUUGAAGCUUCCACCAUCACCAUCUCAACAACCAGCACUAUUGUUACGCAAGCAGAAAGUGUUGCCUCUUAACGGUGAUGGGUUUGAGCAUGUUUGUGGUUUGGGUAAAAGAGAAGAGGAAGUGAAAAUAUCAGAUGUAGAAAGUCAUGACAAAAUGAGACCAGUUAGUGUGACAGGGGUUAAUCUUAAAUUGUCUCAUGGGAUUGCCACUAGUGACAAUGUAGAUCAAUGUAGGACUCCUAAACUCAGUGGCGCAGAAGGUGAAGAAGUGAAUGCCUCCUCAGAACAGAAUCUUCCAAAUGUUAAUAGUCUAGAGAAUGGUACUGUUCUCGAAGUGGAAAGUAAAUUGAGUGCUGAUAUAGAGGUUAUGGAACAGCAGCCUGAGGAAGAAUUUGAUUGCCGGCCACGUAGUCCAGCACAUGAGACUUCAAUAGUAGUACCUGAAAUACCAUGGAAAACUGUUCUCAGUGAUACCAGUUGUCAUGUCAGUGGUGAUGAUAAUUAUGAUGAUGAUGAUGGUGGUGAUGAUAUUGUAAGUGAUUCACUGUCAUCAGGUAGCAGUGUUAGUGAUUUGGAAGGUGGUGAAAAUGAGCAUAAAAACAAGUUGUCUUCCAAAGGAAUUGUACAUGAACGAACUCCGCCAAGAGUAGAAAUUCAUGAUUCCAGUGGUGAGCUGAUGACUGAGGCAUCUUUUGAAGAGAGACCCAAGACUGAUGAAUUCAGUUGUGGAAUAAUGAAACCAAGUGAAACUAUUUUAUCACAAUCUGUAGACUUUAUCAGUUCUGUAGGUUCUAGUGCUGAGGGAGGCAAUAGAACUACUGAGACUGCAGCUAGUGAACAUAAAUGUUCUAGCAUGACCAGUGAUCGAAGCAGUCCUUCAACUCCACCAUCUACAAGAGGUGACGACUCUGAAUCCUAUCACAAUGAAGCCACUCUUGCAGAGACAGAGUUGUCUGAUUGGGCACAAGAUGCUGAUGCUGUUGUUUCAGAAGAUCUUGAGGACAUAGAAUUCAAUAUUGAUCCUGAAUAUGUUACAGUUCGCCGACACAGGAAGCCAAAAACCAUUAGGAAAAGUGACAGUGAAUUGAGUACAUCUGCCAGAAUUGCUAGAAGUGAAGAUUUUGACUUUGAUGAUGAUCCUGGACAUAUAUGUGGUAUUAAUAAAAGAAUUAUAACUGGGAAAGAGCUCAGUCAAGAAAUCUCUUCUGAUACACCUUCACACCUUCUUACAAAUGUGGAUAACAUUGAAUUUAUGGACACUGGUGAAGAAGAAAGUGAAUCUGAUUAUGUGUUAGGUGCAACAAAUAAGGCACUUCUGCACAAUAGUGGUUAUAUACAGUUUGUAAAUGUCAUUGAUGAUGAGGACAUUUCAACACCAUUAGUCGAAACACCAACUAUUGCUCAUGAGCUACUUUCCACAUCCACAUCCAUUCCACCAUCUCUUGUGGUAAGUGAAUGUGAAAGAGAUAGUGACAGCUUGGAGGCCAUGGAUGUGCUUAGUCAGGUUGAGGCUGUGAACAAGGAAGUAUUGGUGGCAUCAGCAGGUGAGGAUGAAGAAAGUUCUCUCCAGCCAGAGGGUACCACCACAGAAGAAACUACAACCAGUGAAAUAGUUACAGUAAAAGACAGUCCUAUAGAUGUUCCACAGACUGAGACCUCUGGCAGAGAUGACAUAUUUUACACACCUGUACAAGAACCUAUAAAAUCAACAGAUGAGACAUCUGUUGGUUGUGUUACAUCAGAUGAUCCUACUGGUACAGUUUAUGAGGAGUAUGUACGUCGCCUGCAGGACCGUAUAUCUCCAUUUAGUAAUGUACGAGACUCAAUAGAUGUUAGGAAGUCUAGAAGACGGAAUAAAGGUGUGCAGCAUCACUCUGGAACACAAGUACUCAUUGCAGAAGAAAGUGAAGGUACUUCACCUUCACGAUUUGUUGGUACAGGUUUCAGUUCUCCUGGUAUAUCAAGGAAACUUGAAGCAAUAUCAAGGGAGAGAUCCAAGCAGAAAGACCUUAUUCAUGAAAUGGUCAUGGACAAACUCCUCACACAAAAAAAGUCACCUCAGGAAAAGAAAAGUAAGAGACAUACUCGUGGACCCUUGAACUCUUUUACACAACCACAAACCUGCCAACCUGAUACAGAGGUAACUUCUGAGGGAUUAGUAGGUUUGCCCAAAGAAGUGCCUGAAACACCUGGAGAUGUGAAAAUAUCAGAAAUCGAAACAGAUGAAGAUGUAGUUCUUCAGUCACCAUUUGUGGGAACAAAGACUGAUAGUGAACAGCAUCAUAAUGUCCAUCAAAACCUAGAAGUGCCUUUUGCAGAUGAUUUAACUCCAGCUGGUGAAUACACUGAACAGUUCUAUACACCUAUGACAUCCUUUAAGAAGCAAUCAAAAUAUUUGCAGUUUAGGCAACGACCUUUAUCUGUUCACUUAUCAUUCAGGUCUGGUGAACAUGCUACAGGUAGUGUUUCAGAAAGAAAUUCCUCUUGCCUCCCCAAAACUCCUCUUACAAAUCCAGAGGCAUUUUCAUUACCAGAUAUCAGGAAAGCUUUGUUCGCCACUUCAUUUGAAAUGUUAAAAAUUCCUGUAGUACCAGCGCGAACACGAAAGGAAGAGACCAGACGUGCUGUUGAGAGGGAACAAGUCAGGGAAGAAGCCAGAAUAAGGGCCCAACUCAAAACUGAUGAAGAACUGGGCCUAAGCCCUGAAGAUUACAUCAAGAUGUUGAGGCAGAAAGUUCCCAAACGGCACGCUUCUGAUGCAGGCAUUAAUGCCAAGCGACAUCUUAUACUUCGAAGUCUAUCUGAGCCUGGUAAAGAGCUCAAAAUGGAUGAUUGUUGUUCUAGUUCAAGUGUACAAGAAGAACCUUCUCUAUGUGACUCCAAGGAACAUUCUUCUUCUACUACUCCAGCUGUCAGUAGACUUUCCCCAAGUCCUGUUGAUACUUCACUCUCAGCUUAUCAACAGCUGCAGACAUCACCAAGUGAGGCCAACAGUGGUGCUGCUUCACCUUCAAGUGCACCAUUAUCCAAGACACACUUCCAUUUGGAGCCAGAUUCCAUCGUGUGUUUGACACAAAGUGAGGGUGCAAAAGAUACAAGAAAAAAGUCCAAGGACCGUGAACGUCGAAAAAGUAUUAUCCAAGCUGUUUCAGACUUCUUCCAUAAAAAGAAGGAGUCUUCUAGAAGUCCAUCCCCACCCAAAAUACCUCCGGGAAGCAGUCAUUCUGCUAAAGAUAAAUUUUCAAGAUUCCGGUUAAAUAAACAUAAGGAUAAAGGGAAAUCAGAGAAAAUCUCGUGGUCGGAUGACUCAGAUCAGGAGAAAGCCCCACUGGUGCCAACUGAUAAGCAGUCCAAAAGUGUUGGUGAGUCUACUAGCAAGCGUCUGGGUUUUAUUGCCACUGAUGGAGCAACUCCACCACCAAUUCCACCACCCCCUGUCAACUGUCAAUAUAUUGGAAUACACAAUUCUUUGAUCACAAAGCAUAAUUUGUUGAAUUUUGGUGGAAAAACUCAGGAGAAAGCCCCACUGGUGCCAACUGAUAAGCAGUCCAAAAGUGUUGGUGAGUCUACUAGCAAGCGUCUGGGUUUUAUUGCCACUGAUGGAGCAACUCCACCACCAAUUCCACCACCCCCUGUCAACUGUCAGGGUGGAUCUAUUCCAAGAGUCUCAGAAGACAGUUACUCAGAGCCAGAAGAAGACUCACAUGCCACAGUCCUCUCUACUCCUACACAUGACACAGCAUCAUCUGUAGAUGGGACUGCAGCAAGCUUUAACAGGCGACAUUCAAGGAUGAAUCGACGCAUGGCUCGCCAAGUUCAACUUAAAAGGUUACGAAUGGCUCAAGAAAUUCAACGUCAACUGGAAGAACUGGAGGUCAAACAGAGAGAAUUGGAGCAGAGAGGAGUCAGUGUGGAGAAAGCACUGAGAGGAGAAGGCACAAACUGUAGGAUUUCUUUUGUGGAGGGUGGUAGCAGGCCUCCCAACCAAUACCCUGUAAACACCCCUCCCCUUCUCCAUGCAUGCUGCAUGUCCUGCCCACUUCAUCCUCCUCGAUUUAAUCGCUCAACAAUAUCAGAUGCUGAAUGUAAAGAAGAAUCAGAACUGUUGAGAGAAUGGUUUGAUUUGAUGAGAGAACGCACCGAAUUACGACGCUAUGAGCGAGAAUUGAUGGUUAGAGCUCAGGAAAUGGAGUUAGAAGACCGACAUGCACGACUUCAGCAAGAACUUCGAGAUAGGAUGAGCAAAGAUGAUUCAAGCAAGUCCAGUGAAGAUGUUGUGAAGGAAGGUCAAAUCCUGAGAGAGAUGCUGGAAAUUGUGGAGCGACGAGAUUCACUAAUUUCACUGUUGGAAGAGGAUCGACAAAGGUGUGGCCAUCCACUGAAGCAUGGAUGUUUGCAACGAAGCCUGUCCGGUCCUACUGUCUUACAACAUUUUCAGACAGCCCUGCCACAGAGUGUGUCCUCUAAAGAAGGCUUUUCUUUAAUUUUCAUAUUAGUGGUUUUUGUUGUAAUGUGGGCCCUGUCCUAUGUUGUAGUUGGCUAAUACUUCUCUUUCUCUUUGGCAGGGGACACACUUUAAUGUUGCAUGAGGCUUGCAUUGUGUUUAUUUUUGUCUUUAAUAUUGCUUAUUUUUUAUCCUUCCGUGCUGUUAAAAUUAAAGUAAAAAACUGUAUUUUUGCUUUUUGUUUCAUUGGCAAUGCAUGUAGUCUAGUCAUAUGUUUAUAAUUGUUUUUUUCAAAGAUUUAAAAAAAAGAAUUGGUGAAUACUUGAAAGAUGACCAUGUUACAUUCUUAUUUCAUAACCAAUCUUCAGGACUCAGAAUUUUAUUGUAUUUUUUAUUGUUAGAUCAUAUUUGUCCAUACAAACUUCUGGAAACUUUACAUCUUGUACUGACUAUAUUUUGUCUUUCUUUAAAAAUUCUUAUGCCAAUGUUUCUGUAAUUAAUAAUUUUCCCAGACUGAGUUUUGGCUGUUUCGGUCAUAGUAUUAUGUAAUUUAGGCAAAUAUGGAGGAAUAUAGAACCCUAAGUAGUUGUCCAUUUCCCAUGUGACAUAAUUAUGAUCCAAAGCAGUAAAUUUGUACAAAAAUAGCCAUGAAAAUUAUGGAUCCGGCAAGCAUUCUGGUUGAUAAGUCUCAAAUAUACUUCUUAUAUGUCUGUAUAAACGUAAAUGCAGUCGCUCUGAACAACAGUAUUGCAAAAAGAAUCUGUGACUUUUGUUUGCAAGAAUAUAGUGCUGUGUGAUUAACCUAGUAAGUGCUAUCAAAGGUACAUAUCAAUAAAAUUUAAGUGGAGGAUUUACCAGUGUGGUCCAUAUACAGUAGACCAAAUCUAGUACUGUGGCUUUUGUGCAUCGUCCAAGCUUUUUCCAUUCCAGGACAAUAGAACUUUAUUAGUACAAUUUUCAUAGAACUGUGGUAACAUGUUAAUGAAAACAGGACACUGAAUAUGUGAUUAUACUUAAAUAUAUUAAGUGUGUGCGAAUUAAGGAGUGAAGUAGUAAUGAUUUGUGUUUAGGUUGUACCAGCUCAGAGUCUGCGUUAGGUCAUAAACCAUUCUAUUGAUUAUAUUUUUCUUACACCCUCCAGCUGAAUGCUGUAAUACCGGGUCUACAAUUUAUGAGGCUGCGGUUGUGCUUGCAUGCUUGCAUUGCAUGGUUGGCCGGUGCUCUGUUGAUGUGGGCGGGAGUUGUGCGCGUUCUUCCGGUGGGUGACCGGUGAAUCAG